UUUGUUAUCUAAGUCGUAGUGGAAUACACUGUCACCUUACACGAUCUUCUAAAUCUAAUGUAAUGGACAAUAAUCCGACGACCACUGUCUUGCUUGCUCAGAGCUCCUCGGUAAACGUGUUGCACGAUGAAUCAAUGUUACCGCAGCGAAAUGUAAAAACAAGUGAGAAUGUUCCACCAACGUGUGCGGAGAAAACGUUGUUUUUGCUGUCCAUUAUUCUCAUAGUCCUUACCCUGCCGUGGUCCCUAUUCUGCUGCCUCAGGGUAAUGUCCGAGUACGAGCGGGCGGUAAUCCUGCGCCUGGGUCGCCUGCGCCCUAAGCCCCCGCGGGGGCCAGGCGUCAUCUUUCUCGUGCCCUGCAUUGAUGACAUCGCUGUCGUGGACAUACGCACCAGGUCAUUUGACCUACAUAGACAGGAAAUCCUCACUCGUGACAUGGUGACGAUCAGCAUCGACGGAGUGGUGUACUACAGCAUCAAGAGCCCCUACGACGCUAUGCUGCAGGUAUGCGAUCCGGAGGAGGCAACCGAAAAGCUAGCCAUGACCACGCUGCGAAACGUGGCCGGCACCCACAAGCUAAUGGACUUGCUCUCGUCGAAGGAGUACCUCUCCAACCAAAUAGAGGGUAUACUGUACAACUCCACAGAGCCCUGGGGCAUACGCGUGGAACGGGUCGAGAUCAAGGAGAUCUUCAUGCCUGAUCAACUGAAGCGCGCCCUGGCUGUGGAACAGGAGGCGAUGCGGGAGGCCAAGGCCAAGGUGGCCGCGGCGCAGGGGGAGCGAGAUGCGGUGACUGCUCUGAAGGAGGCUGCCGACAUAAUGGAGACCAACCCCAUAGCCCUGCAGCUACGGUACCUGCAAACACUGAACUCCAUCUGCAAUGAUAACACCAGGUCCUACGUCUUUCCUUUUCCUGUAGACAUUGUGAGGAACUUGAUGAAGUAGGAUUGAGUUCUUUAUGUGGGUCCCAUAUAAAAAUGACUUCUCUAUUAAAUUUAAUUAUAUCGAAUUAAAUUUAAUUAUGUUAUAUCGAA